AUGGCGGAGGCGGCGGCGCAGGACGGGGCUGCGCGGCGCGGGAAGAGAACGACGGAGGAAGAGGAGGAGGAGGAGGAGCGGGGCGGGCGGCGGCGGCGGCGGAGCUUUCAGCCGGCGGCGGAGCCUCUGGGAACCACCGUGCUGCACGCAGCCGUCAGCACUCGCCCGCAGCCCCUGCCAGCUCGGUACUUCGACACCAGUACCACGGAGCCUAUCAGCUUCUUCUUGUCCGGCCUUGAGGAACUGCUGGCCUGGCAGCCCAACAGCGAUGAUGACUUCAACAUCUGUGCGGUGCCGCUGGCCCAGCGCCAACCCCCACUGCACAGCCGGAGACCCCGCACGCUGCUGUGCCACGACAUGCGUGGUGGAUACCUGGAGGACAGGUUCAUCCAGGGCUCAGCCACACGCAACCCAUACGUCUUCUACCACUGGCGCUACAUCGACAUCUUCGUCUACUUCAGCCACCACACUGUCACCAUCCCACCUGUGUGCUGGACCAACGCGGCGCACAGGAACGGCGUCCCGGUGCUGGGCACUUUCAUCACGGAGUGGACGGACGGCGAGAAGCUGUGCGAGGCAUUCCUGGCGGGUGGGGAGGAGGCGUACCGUGCUGUGAGCCACCAGCUGGCCCGCAUCGCCCAGCACUACCGCUUUGAUGGCUGGCUGAUCAACAUAGAGAAUACACUGAGCGCGGCGGCGGUGGGGAACUUGUCUCCCUUCCUGCGGCAUCUGACUGCUCAGGUGCACAGCGCGGUGCCGGGGGGGCUGGUGAUUUGGUAUGACAGCAUCCUGGAGAGUGGCACGUUGAAAUGGCAGAAUGAGCUGAAUGAGCAGAAUAGGGUGUUCUUUGAUGCCUGUGAUGGGCUGUUUGUCAACUACAACUGGAAGGAGGAACACCUGGAACGCACACGUGAGCUGGCUGGGCAGCGCCAUGCUGAUGUCUACAUUGGUGUCGAUGUCUUUGCUCGUGGGGACGUGGUUGGUGGUGGCUUUGACACCAACAAGUCACUGAGCCUGAUCCGCAAGCACGGCCUGUCUGCAGCCAUCUUUGCUCCUGGCUGGGUCUAUGAACACCUGGGAGAGGAGAACUUCCUGCAGAACGAGAACAAGUUCUGGGGCUUGCUGGAAGACUACCUGCCCACACACAGCAUCUGCACGCUGCCCCUCGCCACCUCCUUCAGCGUGGGAAUGGGCACUGGCAUGUUCCUCUCUGGGAAGGAGGAAGAGGCUGGGCCGUGGUACAACCUGAGCGCCCAGGAGAUCCAACCCCUCUAUCCGGAGCGCCGGGGCCAACUGAGCACCAGCUGCUGCCUGCAGGAUGCCUGGUGUGGGGGCAGCUCCCUGCGGGUGCAGGGCACCAUCCCUCCUGGCGAGGAGCGUGUAGCCAUCCGCCUUUUCUCUUUCCAGAUGCAUGCACCUCCCAAGCUCUUCCUGAACCUGCUCUACAAGAUGGAGGGGCCACAUGGGGAUGACUUCACGGUUGCCCUGGAGCUCACCACGUGGCACUCGAGCAGAUGCCAUGAUAGCACUGUCACUGUGCUGCCGAGUGAGGACGAGCCCCACGGCCGCCACCACCCCCGUCUGCUCCCGGCCCCACCACCUGCCCUCUCCAGGCUACUUGCUGCUUGCAGUCACGGUGCCCAGGGCUGGACCAGCCGGUGCUACGAGCAGGAGCUGCGGGGCUGCAGCCUGCGCGACCUCUCCCUGCUGGUGUCCAGACAGCAGGCCAGCCCACAGGAGACAAGCUUCAGCUGCCUCCUGGGGGAGCUCCGGGUGCUGGAUGCGGGCAGCAUGGCAGCCUCCCCACCACAGGUGCAGAACCUGACGGCUUCGCAGCUCUGGUGGCAGGAUGGCCCCAGCGUUGAGCAGCUCUCCCUCAGCCUCACACUGCGCUGGGCCUUUCCUCCCAGGCGGGCUGCCUGCUUCCGUGUGCUCAGCCAGGGCACACGGUGCCACCGGGCGCAGCCGCCGCAGCCGCAGCUCGUGGGGCUGGCACAUGGCUGCCAGUACCGUGCGGUGGGGCUGGCGGUGCCACGGCCUGCACCCGGGCAGUCGUGCCAGCUGGAGCUGCUGGUGGAGCCGGUGCUGCCCAGCGAGCUGCCCGUGGGCCCGGAGCAAUGGGGCCGGCUGCUGCUGGUGUACUUUGAGCCGGCCGGUGGCAGCAGCUGAGCCGGGCAUUAAAGGUGAACGUGGCACAGCUCCGGCUCCAUGCGUCCCCUGCACCGCGUGGGGUGGGAGAUAUGGGGACACUGCCGCUCAGGGCUGAGUUUUGGGGUUCCACUUGCAGGAGGAGCUGCACCCUUCAUGAAUCUGCCUAGCUGCUGUCCCCCUCUCUUAGGGCUGGCAGCCGGCGCUUCCACCCGCAGCGGCUCCCCUGGAUAUCUUGUGCGGAGAAGGAGAGAAAAUUUAUAGCAGCAAUUAUUUUAUCACAGUCUGGUGAGCAAGCAAUUAGCAGGCAGGGACGUAGCCGAGCAUGCCGCGCAGCAGGGUCGUGCAGCCCAGCUCCCUCAGAGCGCCAGCCCCGGUCCCAUAGACAAUACUGGCUCCUGUUCAGGAAAAUUAAUAUGUCAGCAUUGAAGCUGCUGCUCCUCCGUGGGCAAAUUGCUCUGAAAUAAAUUAUAGGGUGGUUUGGAAAAGGAAGGGCUCGGCACAGCUGGGACCCUGCUGCAGCGUACGGACCCCCAGCCCCGCUGCGCCCGCGCCCCAGUCAAAACUGGAGUCGCCCUGGUUGAAGAAAGAAAUCUUUA